AUGAAUCAUACUUCAGCACACUCCAUCACAGCCGCGUCUACACAGCCGAUAACCAUUCCAAAACCAACAACUUUAUCGUCCUCAUCGCUCCUCACAGAGAAUUCUCUUCUCAGAGAAGAUCAUCAUUCUGAUUCCUCUUCAUCAUUCUCUUCUUCACUUUCCAAUAAUAAUAAUACCAAUUUCAAACCUCACUCCAUGAUGAUCCCUUCCGCACUUCCUUCUAAUCUCAUCCGACAUCAUCAUACUCCGAAUCCUCUCCUCAUGUCCUCUCAAGUCAUGAAAACGGUUCAAGAUGCCGUCAAGGAUGAAAAGAUCAAAAAGCUUCAAAGUGAAUUGUUAGAAAAACAAUCCAUGAUCAGUCAAUUGGAGUCUCGUGUCGAACAAUUGGAAGAAACUCUCUCAACACAGCAAGUGCAACAUGAGAAUGAAUUGGAAUGUCUAAAAUUGAAAUUUUUGAAAGAGAAUGAAGAAAAGGAACAAACUCUUAAAUUUUCUCACGAACAAGCAUUACUGCAAUUGAAUUUAGAACGAAAGGCAGAAUUUGAAAAGAGUCAACAGCAAUUGAUUGAACAGGAAUUUGUGUUGAAGGAAGUUCAGAAUUUGUUGUCCUUGUCGGACUCGAAAGACAUCGUUCGAACACUUUCAAAAUUUGUGAAAAAGUACAAGAAGGAAAGGGAAGCGAAUAAGGCACUUGAGGAUCGAGGAAAACAAUUACUGACAAGCCUGAAUGAUGUGGCACAGAAAUUUAAGGAAUAUCGAGAAAAAUCAGAAAAGGAGUUCGAAAAGAAGAAUCGUGAGAUUGAAGGCCAACAAAAAGAAAUUUUCACCUUGCGAAUGGAAUUGGCAGUCGUUCAACGUCAAUUGGAGUACAAUAGGACUCAUAUUGGAGGUCUUGAUACCGACACGGACACAGAUGCCACCUCAUCGUUUGCACCAAGCUCACCAACGUCAAGUAUUACGUCGAGUCCAACGAAAUCACCAAUCAAAGCUUCCACACCAAAGAAAUUCCUUAUGGCAAACAAAAAGACACCUACGUUGCAAUCGCUCUCUCCAGGAGGUGCCUUGAGAGAUAUUACAAAUGUUGUGAUCAAUCAUCAACACUAG